UGCGUCUGGGAAGUAAGAUAUUCUGAGUCGAUAGAGCAGUGAUCAGUGUCGCGAGGGAAGCUUGUCGUUAUGGAUGUGUAUGGGUUAUCUCUUACCGGAGAAGACAAUGAAUUUGUGUUUUCAUUUGAGAAUAUAUCGUUUCGAACCCGUGUCGCAAGUGAGUCAAAAAAAUUUGAAAGUUGUGAACAACAGAACGCACUCGUCGCGGAACCGUACACAAAGUUUAUUCUCAACAAUGUCAGUGGUGCAUUCCGUUCCGGUAGGCUGACUGCGAUUAUCGGUCCUUCUGGAUCGGGAAAAUCAUCCUUGCUGAAAAUUUUGAGUGGUUUUCGCAAAGCCGAAGGAAUCAUUAAGUUGAAUGGUCAACCACUGGAUGGAUCAAGAUUACGCAGCGAAGUAUCCCACACCGAACAGGAGGUAGCUUUGUGGAUGAAUCUGACCGUGACGGAAACACUAAGAUAUGCAGCAGAGUUUCAGUUGCCAUGCACCUCGUUCAAAUCAGCUAAAAGGAUUAUUGCGCUGGAUCAAAUUAGGGCACUUGGACUAGAAAAAUGCCACACAACUCUGGUGCGGGAUCUUUCUGGAGGCGAAUACAAGAGACUAGCGAUGGCAAUAGAUCUUCUUUCGAAUCCGAAGGUAAUGCUUUUGGACGAACCAACCAGCGGCUUAGACACGAUAGCCACUAUUCAGGUGAUAUCGCAUAUGAAGACUCUAGCCCGUGACGGACGCAUUAUGGUUUGUGUGAUACAUCAGCCCAGUUCGGGUAUUUUGAAAAUGUUUGACGAUGCCUAUCUCGUGGCCAGAGGAAACUGUUUAUAUCGGGGGUCCAUAUCUGAGUUGAUCCCACGAUUUGCCAUGGUUGGUUUGGAGUGUCCGCUAUCCCACAAUCCUGCUGAUUUCGCACUUGAAGUUGCCAGUAUGGAAGAUGACGAAAGAGUGCUGAAGCUUAUCCAGGAUUAUCAAAAUAUGAAUGUAGUUGGUAUGAAUGAAUGCAAUCAGAAACAUUUGGUAUUGCAAAGCAACCGAUCGAGGAUAAGCCUAUGGAAACAGCUGCUGCUGCUGACAAAUAGAUCAAUUACCUGUACUGCUCGUGACCCGACACAAAUCAAGGUGAAAACUGCAAUCAGCAUCUUUGUUGGACUGCUAGUUGGCACCGCGUAUUACAACAUCGGGAACAAUGCCGCUCGCAUUCUCUCCAAUACUACAUUCUUCCAAAUUGUGCUACACACCAUCAUGUUCACCAGCAUUGGAUCGGCAGCUGUCGUGUUUCCUCUCGAAUCGGCUGCCUUCAUCCGCGAAUACCGCAACAAUGCGUACGCACUUUUCCCGUACUAUCUGUCGAAGAUAAUUGUAGAAGUUCCGAUUCUAAUACUAAACACAACGCUAAUAACAGCACUGGUAUACGUGUUGACUUCUCAACCAAUGGAGCUUCAUCGGUUCGCCUACUUCUGGCUUCUUUCCUUGCUAUUUGGGUGGAUCUCGCAGAUGUGGGGACUGAUGCUCGGAUGUUUCUUCAAGCUCCAAAUGAUUGCAUUUCUGGCUGGCGUCGGCUUCGUUCCCGUGAUGCUAUUUUCCGGAUGUUUCAUCACGCUUGACCAAAUACCAAAAAUUCUGAAACCCCUGACGUACGUUUCCUUCGAGCGAUACGCCUAUGAAGGGUUCCUGCACGUACUGUACGGUCUAAACCGGAAGGAUAUGGAGUGUCCAGAGAUAUUCUGCUACUACAGCAAACUUUCCAAGUACCUCAAAUUUCUGCAAAUGCCAGUGUUAGAUUUAGAGCUAGAUUUGCUCGCACUGUCCUUGUUUGCUUCGACUAUGACAGUUGGAUUCUACUUUUGCUUAAAGAGACGGACUGCGCAGCAGAACUGAACGUAUGAUUUUUCUGGUAUCCUUUCCACUUACCUAUUAAUUAUUCGAACAACCAUCGUUACUUGCGUAUCUGCACGUCGAUGUGAAAUUAAGUUUGCGUUUCUCAUUAAUUACACUUCAAGAGCCUCCAGUGCAUGAAUCACUCCGGUUUCGAGCUAAUUAAAAUGCUGAUGCAUUUUAAUUCCAAGCUUUUCUCUUAAUAAAACUGCAAGCGUGCCAUUUCGGAUUUAUUUUAUGUUUGUUUUGCUUGUUUUUUCCCUAAAGUAACUCACUGGUGCAGCUGAAGUUUUGGGAAUAUUUUAAUACGGCUGUUUGUCUUUCGAAACUUGGUUUGAAUUGUUUAUUUUUCCACAUGAUCAAAGCGGCAAAAAAUCCGUGCUAACCAACAUUAAUAUUAAAAUUCUAACCACCCUCACUUUCUCCCACUCGUAAAAACACUUGAAAACUAUGCUGCUUCACUAUGCUGGACUAUCACAGUACGUAAUCGUGGCACGAAAUUGUUCCAAGGAUAAAAAAAUUCAAAUCGUUCAAAAAAUCGUUCAAAUAAUGUGAUCUUUGAAUUACCAUGUUGAUUUAAGCUACUUCCUAGGGGAAGAACCAACCGGAUCCAGGUUCAUUCCAGAACAUGUAUGACGUUUCCGAGGAAUGUGAGCUAUGUAUGUGUAUUAUUAAUAUUAGUGAGUUUUCUACUUUAAACACUCAUUGUUAUUGCCUUUCUGAUCACCAUUGCACUCGAAAAAUAAAUUAAACGCGAACAAUGAUUCACAAAAAUUCCUUUAACGACGGAUUUUUUUUCAAAUUUCCGUGGAGUAAACUAAAACUGUUCAGCCAAUAAUCGUUUCAGUAGUUUUUUUUCGUUUUCAACGUUAUUAAAUUAACUAAAGUUAAUGAGUAGAGACAUAAUCAAGUAAUUGAGCAAUUCCACCGCAACAAUUUUUUGGGAAUUUUAUUUUUGUAUGUCGUGAUUUGAAUCAAAUUUUGCAUAAGCGUUAUUCAUGGCCAAAACGAAACAAUUGGCAUCAUCAAUUUGCCAUUUUUACU